AUGGUUGAAAUCCGUCAGAGAGCUGUACCAACUACAGGUUCAGAGAAAGACCAUGAUCAAGUGAAAGUCCCUUUACCUGGUUCUGCUUCCAACAGACUGGACAAGAAAGAUAUUGAUAAGAAGGUAGAACAGAUUCGAACUCUCAACCUUUUACGAUUAGUGUUAUCCUUAGCUGGGUUGGGUGCCGUACUAUGGUUUGGAUACAAAACUGUCUAUCCGAUAUUAUUUCAAUCUUCCAAAACUCCAUCAGAUACUCAAACUCAAUUACCAGGAUCCGGAUUCGGAUCCGGAUCUGGAUCUGGAUAUGGGUCGAAAUUUGGUAAAACUCUUUUACCAAAUGAGCAACCCAGUCCUGUAGGAGGAAUAAAACUAGACGCUGAUAUAGAAAAGAGGGAAGCUGUAAAAGAUGCUUUCGUGUGGAGUUGGAAUGCAUAUGAAAAAUAUGCUUGGGGCGCAGAUGAGUUCUCCCCGCUAUCGAAAUCAGGAUCGAAUUUGACUUCAGCCGGUGGAGUCGGAUAUACAAUCGUUGAUUCACUUGAUGCUCUGUUGGUAUUUGAUCUGAUCCCCGAAUAUGAAAGAGCCAGAGAUUGGUGUAAGAACGAGCUAAACUUCGAUAAAGAUGCUACAUUCAAUACUUUUGAGACAACAAUCCGUAUAUUAGGUGGACUUUUGUCCGCUCACUACUUGACAUCAGUUCAUCCAUCAAGUUCAGUCCAAGCGGAUUCACCUCUAUACCUCGAAUUAGCAGUCGAUUUAGGUGAAAGAUUAUUGGGUGCAUUCUCAAGUCCUUCAGGUAUACCUUGGUCAGGUAUAAACUUAGCUACAAGAAAUGGUAUACCGGAUAAAGAUAAUCAAGGUGUAGCGAGUUUAGCUGAAGCUGCAAGUUUACAACUUGAAUUGAAAUAUCUAUCUCACUUAACGGGAGAUUACGUAUAUUGGAGAAAAGCUGAAAAAGUUUCGGAAAUUAUAAGAGGUGAAGCUGUACAUGAUGGUAUCGCUCCUAUCUUCAUCAACCCCAUGAACGGUCAGUUCGUUGCUUCAGAGAUAAGACUUGGAUCAAGAGGCGAUUCAUACUAUGAAUAUCUACUGAAGCAAUACCUCCAGACUGAUCGACAAGAACCCGUCUAUCGAGAUAUGUACGAUGAAGCAAUGGGCGGUAUCAAAAAACAUCUCAUUGGACAGACCAAGAAAUCAGGUUUGAUCUUUACGCAAGAAUUACAUCCUGCAAGACACCCAAGAGAUCAGACUCAGACUUGGCAGAUUGUACCUAAGCAAGAUCAUUUAGUUUGUUUCCUGGGUGGCAGUUUUAUCUUGGGAUUAACUGAAGGAGGUAAGAAACCAGUCGAUUGGAAAGUACUAGACGAAAGGGAUAUGGAAGAUUUCAUAGUGGGAAAGGGAAUAGUGGAGAGCUGCAUGAAGACACAUGAUACUGCUACCGGACUGGCACCUGAAAUCGCAAUGUUCGUACAAUGGAGCGAUGAACAGAGAGCUCAAACUGAAGACUGGUAUAUCAAACCUAAUCAAAAUGGUGUCCUCAUCGACGGUCGAAAUAUCCUAAGACCCGAAACAGUCGAAUCUCUCUUCUUGGCAUACCGAUCGACGGGUGAUGAGAAAUACAGAGAAUGGGGAUGGCAAGUAUUCCAAGCUUUCCAAAAAUGGUGUAAAGUCCCUUCAGGUGGUUAUGCGGGUAUAGAAGAUGUUCAGACUGUUCCUCCCAAACAACUGGAUAGAAUGGAAACUUUCUGGCUCGCUGAAACUCUGAAAUACCUCUACCUAUUAUUUGACGAUUCGGAUCAUAUUCCUCUUGAUAAACAUAUCUUCAACACUGAGGCACACAUCUUACCAGUUUUCCAACCUGGAUACAUUUCACCAUUCGCUACUUCAUAA